AACAUGUUUUUUUCUUGUCUCUCACAGAAUUGUCACGACUUAAACACACGUCAAUUCGAACAGAUCUUCGAAAUCGAAUGAAACUUGAGUGAUCAACCUUAUAAAGGUGCAGCAUCGCCAAUAUCACGACUUAAUAGAACUUGGAGAUCUUACUGGAAGUGAAACGACCAAACUGCCCGAGAAUGCACGUCGAAGUCCAAGUCGCAUUGAAUUUUCUCAUCUCUUUUCUCUACAAUAAAUUACCAAGGAGACGAGUGAAUCAGUUUGGAGAAGAACUGGAGAAAGCUCUUCGUCAGAAAUUCCAGGGACACUGGUACCCUGAUAAACCAAUGAAAGGAUCAGCUUAUCGAUGCUUGAAGACAACACUUCCCCUGGAUCCAGUGUUUGAAGAAGCAUCUCUAGAAAGUGGUGUAGACUUAAGGGAUAUCCAGGAAAACCUACCAAAGGAACUUAGCAUAUGGAUCGACCCUGGAGAGGUCUCCUAUCGUCUGGGAGAAAAAGGAACUGUCAAGGGACUUUACAGCGAACCUGACAGCUCUGAAGAGAACAGCGAACACACUUUCAAUCCUGAAGCUCAAUGCUUCAAGCCAAUCGACAGCGUGGCAUCCCAGUUAGGAGGGCUGUCUUUGAAAUGUACUUCAACUGCAGCAGUUAGCUCCUAUGGCAGCACACCUUCUCCUGCCUACAAAUCAAAUAGUCCCGUGAAUGGUUUCAUCCAAAAGACGGCAGCUCCUCUCACGUUCACCACAGCCACUUUUGCUCAGACCAAGUUUGGUUCAACCAAGCUAAAAAGUAAUAGUAAAAGAUCUCAUCGUCUGUCCCCGACAGAGUUUGGGAGCUCAGUCAAGCAACGAGUUAUGAUGCAACAGGUUCAGCAGCUGGCACAACAACAACAACAAUUUUCUUCUCAUCCUCAGACAACAGCUUUGGCAGCAGCUAUUCUUGCUGCUGGAGGAAAUGCUGGUAUCAGCGCCCCUCAGAGGCCAAGAUCUUUGUCACCAAAUUCACAACCUCAACUUGAUGCAAACUUUCUUCUCAUGGCCUCUCUUCAACAGUCACAGUUUACUCCUAAUACGACUCAAUUCCCAUCAUCCACAUCAGGCACGUUUGCCCACUCUGGAGUGUUCGACGUUAACAUGAAUGGUUACACAAACGAACUUUUCGGGUCCUCCAACAUUAAUGCAUCUGCCUCCACCAAGAUCAAUAGCCAAUCAUUAGCAAGUCCAACAAACAUGACAGGAGUUAACAACAGGUUUUCUUUCUUUGAUAAACCUUUUGGUAACACUGGCAACUCAGCUGUAGGCUUGAAUCUAAACUUACCUUCUGGAGAUUCCAAUUCAUCGACAUUCGGAGUGGAUCCUGUCAAUCUCAAUCUAGGCGGAAUGUCUUAUGCCAACCAAUACCAGCAUUUGUUGGUGGCUAAUUAAAAAAAAAAAACAUCUUUCGAAUUGACACUUACAAUUGAGUAAGUUGUCAGUAGUCAAGAAAUACGACGUGUAUGAAAAUACUUUCAAUUUCUGGCGUCCUUUGAAUCAGUGUGUGAUGUGAUAAUGGAACCAUUGAUAUAUUCUUAUUUGGGGGUUGUGGAUUUCGUUUAGGGUUUCAAGUCUGGCCUAUGUACGAGUGCAAAACAAAGAUGUUUUGGUAGCAAAACUUGUAAUUUUCAAGAGCGUAGCAUGGUUUCGGCAUAAGAGCUUGUAAGAAAACUAAUAGUCAUAAACUGAAUCGUUAUUUUUAUUGUUUCUUAGUUUACAUUUAUGUAAAGGAAAACGUAAAUUAUUCAAAAUAUGACGUGUUUAUUUUGCUAGCUCAUGGAAAUUGUGUAUAUUAAAUAACGUACGUGAUUGGAUGAUAAAUUAAGACUUAUAUGCAAUCAUCGUUUGACAUUUUUGUUCAUUUCUUGUUGGUGCUAAGUUCUUUAAUACGGAGCACAUUUUAAUUUUCUACGGAAAUCGGUACGAACCAGAGAUCAUCCAGUUUCAGGGUAAAGUAUACGUAAUGGAAAGUAGUGCCACUGAGAUAGAUGGCGAAUUGAAACAACGAGCGUGACGGUUUUACGUAACAGUAAUUUAAAUAUUAAUGUUGUACUUUUGAUUAUGUUUUAAUAAUUAUGCAAAAAGGGGUUAGACAACAAAGUUGAAAUGUGGUACAAGAGAUUGAAAAACGGACGAUAAGAUAUUAGACAACGGAGAUUGGUGGGUUAGAAAGUAGAUGUUCUAUUUCCAAAACCUUUAGUUCAGCCUAUUACCUAGGCUUAGCUGUAUAAUACCGUGUAUGUAGUAAUUCAAAUUCCUUGCGUGUGCUGACCGCUGCACGUUCGAAGUUUGUGUUCAACAUAUUAUCAUCACCUGUUACGUCAGUCUGGGUAGCGGGUAUAUUUUCUUACUAUCUAGUAAUUUGAAUUCUGUACGAGUUACCCCUAUGUGUACAGUAUAAACACGUUAAGAGAGUCACACUAUAUUUAAUUAUUCUUUCUAAAUAAUGUUUGGGUAUUUUAAAGGUGUUUUAUCUUUUCUACUUGAAAACCCAUAUGUGAUGUUUCCUUUUUAUAAAUAUGUCGAUUGCCAAUGACAAAUUUAAUUACAAGGAAUUAUUGUUGUUAUUAUUAUUAUUAUUAUAGUGUGUAUGGUAUGUACAAAAAUAGUCGUAGAAGUUUGCUUGUGGGCAUAGAUGCGUAGCUUUUUUUAACUUGUGUGCGAUGUCGUAAUAAUAGGUUGAGUGCUUUCUUCGAAAUCGCACGUAAAAAUAAAUUGUGUACAUUUUUCCCGUCAUGCACUUAUCUAUUCAUAUUAAAUUGUGCUUGGUGGUUCCUAAAAACAUUGUGCACUUAUGUAGGUUUCCGUUUUCAUACCUGGUUACAUUUUUAAGUUUGUAAUAAAUGUUUCAGCAUUUUUUCGUAAUGAAA